UCUCGGCUGCCGGGCUCGGAGGUGGCAGAAGGGACCGGGAGCGGUGUCCCCCCGUCCCGCCGCUCGCCCCCGGGGCUGUGAGGAGGGUGCCCGCACCCCGCCCCCGCCCCGGCCAUGGGGCGCUGGUCCCGCAGCGCCUGGAUUUUGCCCCUUUUCUUGGCUGGGCUCGUCCAGCCGGGGCAGAGCCAGGAGAGGGAGAAGGUGAAAUGCUACGGCUCGGUGCAGGGCACCAUCUAUGACUACGGGGCCCUGACCAUCGAUGGGGAUGAGUAUGUCCCGUUUAGGAACUACGCAGGGAAGAUGGUGCUCUUCGUCAACGUGGCCACGUACUGAGGCCUCACCCUGCAGUACCUUGAACUGAAUGCACUACAAAAUGAGCUGGGGCCCUACGGGCUUGUCGUCCUGGGCUUCCCCUCCAACCAAUUUGGGAAGCAGGAACCUGGCCAAAAUUCGGAGAUCCUCCCUGCGCUGAAGUAUGUCCGGCCAGGGGGUGGUUUUGUCCCCAACUUCCAGCUCUUCCAGAAAGGGGACGUGAAUGGGGCCAAGGAGCAGAAAGUCUACACCUUCCUGAAGAACGCCUGUCCUCCAGUGGCAGAGGAGUUUGGGAACCCCAAGAACCUCUUCUGGGAGCCUCUGCGGAACCAUGAUAUCAAGUGGAACUUUGAGAAGUUCCUGGUGGGCCCCGAUGGCGUGCCUGUCAUGCGCUGGUACCACCGUGCCAACAUUGCUGUUGUGAAGAACGACAUCAUCGCCUACAUGAGGGAGCAGCAGCAACAGCAGCAGCAGCAGCAACAGCAGGAGGAACAGUAGAGGCUAGGGUUGCCAGCCUGAUGGGUAGCUUCUCGCCCCUGCUGGCAUCACCCCUACCCCAGCUGCUUCGGGGAUGCUCCCCUUCCAAUCUCCUCCCAGGAUGCUCCCCAAGCAACAGGAGCCGGAUGCUGAGCCAGCACGCUGCCCCCUCCAUCACUCCCAUCUCUGGCACCCCCCAGCCAGCAUGCUGGGCUGGGUAACCCAGUGGCAGAGACAUCAGUGAUGGGAGGGGGGGGGGGAUAUGUCCCACCUCCACCCCCAGCAGUGACAUCUCCUCCUGGUCCCCAGCUUGCCCCCCUGCUCCGCCAUCUGCCUUGCUGGGCAGUGGGAGGAUGCAGGGGCCAGCCGCCCCCAGAGCAGAGGACCACAUCUCCAUGAAGACCUGGCCUGAAAGCCCCCGGUGUGGGGCGGGCCUGGCCUGAUCCUGCCAUGCACGGAGCAGCUCUUCAGUGCAUUCAAGCUGCCCGUGGUCCUGGCAUAGAGAUGUGCUCCUCUCCCAGCUGGGGGCAGCCGGCUUCUCACCCCCCCACCACAGAAACGCCAAAUAAAGGCUCUGCAAAUGCGCA